AUCUCCAACACGCUCAUCUCGAUCGGCGCACUCGACGACGCCGGCUAUACAAUCUCCUUUGGCGGCGGUCAUGGAGUCAUCCGCGACAUGGACGGCAAGGUCCUCGGCUCCAAGCUCACGGUCGACGAUUUCCACCGGCGCAUGGGGCACAUCGCGCCGAAGGCGGCGAAGAACCUUGUCGCGAAGGGUUUCGUCGAUGGAGUGGAGUUGGACGAUGGCGAGGGCGAGACGUUCUGCGAGUCUUGCAUCUUCGCGAAGCAGACUCGUCGGCCGGUGCACAAGGAGCGUGAAGGGGAGCGCGCGGCGGAGACUGGUGGGAAGGUCUUCUCCGAUGUUUGGGGGCCGGCAUCGACACAG